AUGUCUUCUACCGACCCUUCUUCCCGACCAUCAGCUGCGGAAGCUAUUGCCGGACUGGAACGGGAGGAAGGUCCACCUACGAAAGUUCCCAAGCUAGAAGAUACGAUGGCUGAGAUGCGCCUACAGCACACGAUGAUGAUGAAAAUGUUUCAAGAAUCACAGCAGAGUAUGAUACAGAUGAUGGAGGUUGCAAAGCAAGCAGCAGCAUCUACUAGCGAACUUGCCAAAAUCAUUACCAAUCAACAGUCCAACCAGCAAGCCAUGCAGCAGCAACCACAACCACAGCAACAGCAGUGCCCAACAGAGGUAUUUACUGAAGCUUGGUCGUCAGCAGCUGCUAGUGUGGUCGAGGGGGCAGCUACACAAGCUGCCAGCAAUGCAGUCAGGAUGAUGAGAGCACCGAAUCCAAAACUACCAGAUGCUAUCGUACAGUGUAUUGACAAAACUUCCCUGUUGUUCAUGAAGGAUGUGCGGAAGUAUGCCCGCAGUGCCAAAACCUAUGACGAUGCCCGCGCGAAGUACACCAUCAUGUCCGAGGACACGCAGUCUAAGCGGUACCCACCUGGUAUCCGUCCAUUUGCAUCGUCUACCACAUUUGGGGAGUUGGAUGAAACCUGGACGGAAACCCGGGGAGGUAACACCGACAUUAAGGUGACUAUUCCAUCAGGUACAUGUCGCCGCGAUGCCAUGCGUAUCAUACACCACAGCAUGACACGCCUCAUCAAAAGCAUCGAGCUGGAAGCACUGCAAGCACACAGAGAUACAAUGGUCACCUUUGCCAACAAGGACACCUUGCGUACAAAGUGCAUUGCAGCCAUUGACGAGGUAGUCGCAAAGGAUGCAGAUGUACGAAACCUCGCCAUCGACUCACCUGAUCGCCUUACUGUGGAUCCUGUUCUGGUUAAUAGUAAGGUUGAUGAUAAAUACAACCAGGUGGUCAAGAAGGUCAUCGAGGAAAUCAGCAAAGCAGAGGAAAAGAAAGACAAGGACAGGCUGAAGGAGGAGAAAGACAAGAAGGAGUUCUCGCAGCAAAGCCCGGAAAACAUCCUCAAGAACCUCGUUAGCCAUUUUGUCUCCGAGGAGGUCUCGAAGCAUCAGGCUCACGACGAUGAGGCUAUGGAAAUCCAGGACGGUGCCGAGGAAGCCAUCACUAAGGAUGAGCAGAAUUUCAAUCAGCACGAUGCCGUCACUCAGCUUGUCGAAGUUUUUCGAGGUAGUGGAAAAGGCAAAGGCCAAGGAGCAAGAACCACCAGCAACGGCCAAAAUACAAAAAACGGCCAAUCCCCGGGGGCGGCCCCGGGGCAGCACGCGCCACAUGCCACCAGCAGCAUCGGCAACGGAAAGGGCUGGUACCACAAAAAGCACAUUUUGUGCACCAAAGUUCUCCCCAGAAUCGACCAUGUGGUCCAGGACCUCAACCAUUGGGGCAAUCGUUUGAAGUGGCAGUGGUAUCACAGGGCAGACAGCGGUUCCCGACCAUCUAUCACGGUUCGCUACAGAAAGUUGCCUACGUGUGAUCAUCUGAUAGCGCCUGAGGUGGAGUGGAUGGUGCGGAACAUGAGGGAGUGUGUCCUAAGUGAAUGCCAGAAAGCCAUAUCGAGAGUGCGAUACAAUCGUUCCUAUACCAACGUGUUACCAUUAACUUCAUGGGGACUUCGUUUGCUUCGUCAAUCCGGCCUGAAAGCCAUCCCGAAUGACAAGGACGGUGGAUAUGCUUUGGAAACGGAGGCGGAGCACAAGAUGGUCCACUUGGAGUUGCUCACAAACGGUGUUUAUGAAGAGUUCCCCACGUUCAUGACGAGAACGGAGAUUGACAAUGCCUUCAAUUCAUACAGUCUCAUCUGUUCCAUGAUCGCGCAACAGUGUGGUGAACCCCAGCUGGCCAGGGAAUUGCGGAAAUCUUUGCAGCACGGAGGUAGUAAAUGGAUCUCGCAUGAGCUGAUGAAGGACCUCAACAAGCGCAUGUACCUAGUCAAGGACACCGCGCAGUUCAUCAAAAGCAUUUCCAGUUACACGGCGACCCCCAACCACUUUUUCAUGAAGCUGGACAUCAAGGACUACUACCUUUCGGGCACCAGUGAGGAGUUGUGUGGAGCUUGUUCGAAAGUCAUUCGCAGCGAAAUCCUCCCACUUUUCACUACAACACUCAUGACACUCCUGUACUACCAGUUCGUUGAAUCCCGUGAAUUACCCGAAAGAAUUUGGAGGGUGACUAAAGGCACAGGGAUGGGCCUGCCACAUUCGGGUGAGGUCGCGGACAGUGCUUUCGCAGCACUUGCUGAAGAUCCCUGGGCAGUCAAGCGCACCAUUCAAGCACACCACGGCAUAGACGGAUACUGGAGAUUUAGGGAUGACAUCCUCAUCCUGGGUUCCAACAGGCAACGUGCCAAAGAGUUUUUCUGGGAAUUGCGAAAAUUGGCUGCAUUCUUCAAGGUGCAAUGCGAAGCAUGGAAUGCCGAGGAAAUCCAGUUCCUGGAGGUCACAGUGAAAAAGAAUGUGAACACUGGUCGCUUUGAAACUAUGCCCAAAUACCGCCUUCUUGGAUCACGUUUGGAUUCCACCCCGCCCUACAGCGGAGUAUCAAACGUGGUGUACAGAAAUGCGUCCAAGGCCAACCUUUCAGAGAACGGCACUGCGACUGUGGAGAACAUCGUGCAGAAUAAUCUUCUGCAUGACGUGGAAGAUGCUGAGACGGUGGAGAAGCCAGAGGUCAUCGAAGAAGCCGAAGGAGAAGGAGCUGGAAACGACACCAACGUAACGAAGGGAUUCGAAGGAUUGGCGGAAAAGUUGGAGUUCUUUAUGCUGAAGGUGGCGCAGUUGGAGACUGUCGUCGAGAUCCAGCAGCUUGAAAUCAACAAGCUGAACGCGAAGUUCGACGGCCACCUUGAGGUGGAACACGACACAGAGACGCCCCAGCUGUCGCUUCUGGAGUUGAAGCAGCAGGAGGAGGCAAAGUCGCGGCAGGCGCAGACGAUUCUGAAAAGUGUCUUCAAGAAGCACCUGCAUCAGAUGGAGAAGCGGACCUUCGACUCAUCGAUAAAGGCGACGGAAGGGAUGGAACCCUCAGCACGGCCGGCUCGUGCCAAACGUCCCAAGCCCAACAAGAAGGUGCAGGACCCAGACAGCAGCUUGCUCGAGCGCCGACAGUCAUCGGAUGCGAGAUCUGGCGAGGAAGCCGAGUGGGGUUUCAUCAAGAGCAUUCCAGUCGUUGGCGAUGUUGCGCAGGCUGGUGAGGAUGCUGUUACCAGUGGCGCAGGCCUCGUUGGGGAUGCGUUGGGCGAUGCCUAUGAACACGCCACGGACCAGAUCGCCUUUGUUGCCAAUACGGUCAUCGACACCGUGGGCAAGGCGAUGGACAUCCUUCUUCGUGGAUUCACUGAUUUCCGGGCAUGGUGCACUGUCGUCACUCCCACUGCCACGUUUUCAACCCAUGGAUUCCACGUCUUCUUCGGCGCCAUGAUCUGCACCAUGAGCCUUGUGGGACAGCAAUUACAACUCUUCCAUUUCCACUGGCCUACCUACAACCUUCCCUUCCCCGAACCGCUUUAUUCCGUCACGAAAAUCGGUCAGGAGUUGGGGACCUGCAGUCCGGGGACGGGAGCAUCCUUCCUCGCCUGCCUUGGCGGGAAGAUCGUGAACAACCUCCCUCCGUUGCAAGCGGCCCACGACUUGGGUCACGUGAUGACGUCCUGCCCGCAUAGGGACGGGGCAGGAAUGGCGUCAUGCCUGGGCGGAUCUAUCGUGAACAGCAUCCCUCCGUUGAAAGCGGCCCACGACUUGGGUCAUGCGAUGACGUCCUGCCCACACAGGGACGGGGGAGGAAUGUUGACAUGCCUGGGCGGAUCUAUCGUGAACAGCAUCCCUCCGUUGAAAGCGGCCCACGACUUGGGUCAUGCGAUGACGUCCUGCACACAGAGGGACGGGGGAGGAAUGGUGACAUGCCUGGGCGGAUCUAUCGUGAACGGCAUCCCUCCGUUGAAGGCGGUCCACGACAUGGGUCAUGAGCUCGUUCACUGCACCCAAAAGUCCUCAAAUGGGCUGGUGACUUGCCUCGGCAACAAGAUCAUCAACUUCGUGCCACCCCUGAGUUACUUCAACAAAAUGAAUGACGUCCUCGCCGACUUCCUUGAGGGAUUUGCGAGGGUGGCCGCCACGAUUGCCGGGCAGGUCCUCCAAAGCGGGAGCUCCUUCAUUCAGGAGGCUGUCAAAACAAAGUUCCCAGCGGCUGGCGCUCCGGCUUUGGUGCAUCAUCAAGGACAGAACUUGGUGGUUACGACGCAUACACAGAAGCGUCGCGCUCCGAUGUCGGCGCUACAGACGGCAGGUGACGAAGAUCCGCCAAAGGAUGGCAUCACCUUCGAGCUCCACAACGAUGAUGGCAACCUUCAGUCCAAGCUGGUCACACAGUUCAAUGGUUUCGAAACGGACACGAGCUCCUGUUUGGCCUUUGCGCCCUCGCAUCGGGCUUCGGGGGAAGCCGGGCCAGUCGAGUCUGGCGACUGGCAGGUUGAGAAUGCGGACGAUUUCGUUGAGCUGAAGCCUUGGGCGGUGCCGUGUGGCACGAAGUGGAUGAAGCGGAACUGGGACAAGUGGCAAGGCUACUCUUUCUACACGGGCUCUCUGGCCAUUGAGAGGUGCGUGACGGUGACCUACGCCAUCAACGUGCAGCCCGUCAUUGCUUUCAUUGGCGGCUUGCAGUUUGACGUGAUGCCAAAGCCGCUGGCUUCGGUUGACACGACUGUUUGCUGGCCGAAGGGCCGGCCCGACGGCCAGGACUUGAGCAUGCUUCGCACCGAGAUCAAGUCCAGUGGCGUGCUGCUCUAUUCCAAGACCCUUCGGUUGAACAAGCGUUUCGGCGGCGGAACUCAGUUCGUCCCGCACCACGUCAAAGCAUCCAAUGCCAACUUCAGAAAUCCGACGAACCCCCGUAAUGCCAUGUCCAGGACGAAGCUCAUGCAAAUGAACGAAAGUCUCGAGGCCCGCGAAAUCCAGAACCGGUCGUCGGAGGAAAGUGGAGAAGGUGUCUUCGAGUGGAUGGAGGAGGACGAUUUCUACUUGGCCUCCGCGAACUAUACCCAGGACUUGGGGAUCAAUAUGACCUCAGAGCAUCGCGGGACCGACGCCAAGAGACGCUUGAGUCUUGCCCAGACGGAGGCUGAUGGAGUUUUGACGCUCUUCAACUUCGUCCACCCAGGACUGGUGAGCUUCAAUCUCCAGGCUGUUUUGGACCAUAACAGUUUCGAGAUGCGCACGCAGAUGGGCUUUGGACCCUUCUCCUCGGAGCAGAAAAAGAUCAAGUUAGUGGACAUUGCCAACCAGUUCGCGGUGGUGCUUCAUGCCCUUCCUUGGCUGUCUGCGGCCUCCCGAAAAGAAGCCAUCUAUGCGCUCCAGCACUCGCGUCCGGACGUGCUGCCUACGACACUCAAGCCGGGUACUACAGUCGGAAUCCACAAUCGUUUCUUCAGUCAGUACCUGAACAUACACGGCAAUCUGCAGGUCCAUUCCAGCCACACAUACCCUUUCGAGGGCGGCUACCCAGCGGGCAAUAUUUGGGAGCGGUUUACAGUCAUUGACGCCGGCAAUGGGGAGAUUGCGCUGCACCAUCAGAGGACCAACAGCUUCCUUGGUUGCAACGCUCACGGGCUCUACGGCAUCUACGCUCCAGCAAGCCAGCUUCCUGCCGGGUGGCUGGACCAAAGGUUCGAAGUGGUGACAGGAUCCAAUGGCUACUUUGGACUUUGGAACCCCCACAGCAAAAAUUUCGUGUCAGUCGGACACCACCAUGCCACGUAUAUCUGGCACUCGCCGACGAAGGACCUCCCACCGGGUCAUACCCACCAGCAAUUCCGCGCCCACUUGGUCGAGCCCCUCUUGAAGCCAGGUACCAUCGUGGCCUUGUACAAUAACAUCUUCCAGAAAUACAUGAGAAUGAACCACGGCACCAUGGAAGUUGGCGGCGUCAAUCCUCACCCCACCCAGUUUUCUCAUACUUGGCAUGCGGAGCAGUUCAUCGUGGUAGACGCCGGCAAUGGUGACAUCGCGCUUUUCAGUUGGCUCUACAAUCGCUUCGUGAUGAUGGCACCCGAUCACAUGCAAGCCUCCGAAGUCCGAUCGGGCAGCGAUGAUCUACCCGACUGGUGGACUCAUGAGAGGUUCCAAGUCGUACCUCUGGAGCAUGGCUUGAUCGCCUUGUGGAACGCGCAUCACGGGAAGUUCAUCGGCAUGGGGGGCACACAUUUGUACGUCAGCCCGCCAAUGACCCCGCAGGGAAUGCCAGGCAGCUGGACACAUCAGCAAUUCCAAGUCGUCGACAUCAGCCAUUUGCAUGCCGCCGACGGCGUCGACCCACACGUUCCGGACGGUGAGGGAACGACGAGUUCAGAGAAGUGGCACAAGUUCCCAGUGGAAUCCGUCUCCGCCUGGUGUCCGGCACUCAAUCCAGAGCCACUGCGAGGCGCAGAUUGGUUGCCUGAACUUGUCGGACAGCGCGAUGUGAAAAGCUGGGUCCGUUACGUGACUUUGUCGUCGGGUCUUGAGUGCCACGGUGGGUAUGACAUUGUGUAUGAUAUUCUGCAAGGACGGAAUGUCCUCUUGGACUGCGGAGUGGCAGCUCAUUCGAGUGGCUCCUAUUACCCGGAGUUUUCACUGCUGGGGGAGGUGCAGAGCUUGGAUGUAGUGAUCAUCACGCACUUUCAUCUCGAUCAUGUGGGGGCCUUGCCUUAUCUCACUGAAAUUCUCGGCUACCACGGGCCGAUCUUGAUGACGCACCCCACCCGCGCGAUUGCCCCCAUCAUCAUCAAGGACGCCCUGUCUUUCAGGCGGGAUGCGGAGGCCCUUACCCCUGAGAUGGUCGAUGCGCCCUUCGAUCGGGCACGGUGCUUCCAGCUGCAGGAGCGAGUGGAGAUCGGCGACCUGUGUGUGACCAGCUUUUAUGCCGGCCACGUGCUUGGAGCAGUGAUGGUGCACCUGGAGUGUCGAGGGCAGAGCGCCCUGUACACCGGCGACUUUACCAUGGUGUCAGACUACCACUUAAGUGCUGCUCGAGUCCCUCUCGCUCUCCACCCUGACGUGAUCAUCACCGAGACGACGUGCUGCACGACCAUCCGCUCCUCAAAGCGGAGGGAGGUGCACGACCUUUGUAGCAAGGUGCAAGACUGCCUACAGAACGGUGGCAAGGUCCUCGUUCCUUUGCUGGUCAUGGGACGCAGCACUGAGAUCUGUAUGAUCUUGGAAGAGCACUGGGCCAAGGCAAAGCUGGCGUAUCCCAUCUUCGUCAUCAGCGUCAUGGCUCAAAAGGCGCGGGUGUUCUUUCGGACGUUUGCCUCAUGGGGAAGCAAGCAGGUUCGAUCUGCCGAGAAGCCCUUUGCCUUUCCGCACGUGCGUUUUGGGACCGUGGCAGAGCUCCUGGCGAUGCCCGGCCCGGCGGUGGCUUUGGCCGGCUCGGCGAUGUUGGACUUCGGUCCAUCGCAGGAACUGUUCAAGUCCUGGGCACCGGAGAAGCAGAAUCUUAUCGUGAUACCAGGCUAUUGCCUGCCCGGUACCGUGGGCAAUCUGGUUCAGGCAAAAGAGAAGAAGAUUGAGCUCUCCAGCGGCAUCGUCCACGUCCGCUGCGAGGUGGACCAUUUCUCCAUCUCUGAUCACACGGACUCGCGGGGCAUCGUGGAACUCAUCAGCCAGGUGGCACCCAGACAAGUAGUUUUGGUGCACGGUGGUCUGCAACUGAUGGACACAUUCGCGGCCAUUGUGCGGAAGAGGUUACGGCUUCCAUGUCACAUGCCGGCGGUAGGCGAUCACUUGGAGAUCCCUUGUCCCGUGGCCGUGGAGGCCUGGGCUAGCUCUUUGCUGAUGGCCCAGACCGAGCCGAUCCCCCCACCACCUGUUAUCGGGGUGCCCCUCAUCCAUGCCGCCAUGCCUGUUGUCGCGAAUUUCACUGCGGAGCUGCGCAAGCGCGACCGCGGAUCCCUGGAGCUCCACGCGGCGGCUCAUGGACCCAGGGCCAAAGCAAAGGCGCAGCGCAUCCUCAUCCGUCAGAAGGGCCGCUUGCCUUGCGCAGCUCUCAAAGGGGCACUCCGCGACUCCAAUCAGGACGUCCCGGAGGACCUCUGUUCCAUCUUCGAGGUUGCCGGGGCAACGAUCCUGGUGGAUCAGAUCCAGGCCGACACCGCGACAGUCACGGUUUCCUGGGCCGCCGGACUCGAGGAUCGAGAACCGAUACUUAAACAGAUGCUGGACAUCUUAGGCUAG